AUGAAUGUCACGAGCAACGGAUACUAUAGUGAGCAGUAUCUAAAUAGGAGAAAACAACAACUCCUAGAAGCUCAACGUUAUCAUUACGACCAGAGUUACUACGCACCUACUCCACAAGAACUUUUAAGAGCAGAUCGGAUGAACCUGGGUUUGGAAAGUCCACAUGUCGUUUACGAGAUGCCUCAACGAAAACAGCCAAUCAUGAAGAAUAUCAGACCUAAACCACGAGUGCCGAGCUCUUCUGGGUCCCCUAAUUCGGCCAGGAAUGGCAACGACGUUGAAGAUCAAGUUGAAUAUUAUUCAGAUGAUGAUGAGUUGAAGGAAGAGCAAACGCCAGCGCAGUUGAACUAUAUUCAGAAUCAGCAACAACAACAACGUCGGCAGCAUCGUUAUCGAAAUCAACGGCACUAUCUAUUGCAACCAGGGCAACCAAUAUAUCCUUAUGACCAGUAUGGAUAUAUGCAACAACCGGCAUCACGGCAGCCCAAAAUACGACCAAAUAAGAACGACAACUACUAUUUGAAACAAAAGGAAAAGUUUGAUGCAGCUGAUGCAUCACUAAAGCCCAAAAUGUAUACUCAUAACACUUUUAGAGAGGUGUUUCAAGAUAAAGAUGAAAAUAUCAACAGAUAUAACCCCAUGGACUCGGUUUUUGAAAAGAAACGUGUGGAUAGCGACGGCAAAGACAUCAAAACGACUUUUUUGAGAAAUGUCCGGUUCAUGAAGGAGUCUUAUCAUGAUUAUGAUUAUUACGAUAGCCGGAAAAAGAAAAAGAGCAAUAGCGUAAAGGACGUGUUUGUGACACAAGUUAGCGACGACGACGACGACGACGACGACGAUGAGAAUAAUGACGUGGAACAGGAAGGGAACCAGGAUGCAGCGAAUGGAAAAAGCGUGAGCGAGGACGGCGGCGAGGGGGGAGCCAAAAAGAAAGCCAAAAACACCAAAUUCAAGGUAAUGUUGAGGAAGAAGUUGAAAAAAACAAGCAAGGAACUCGGCAGGAACUUUGACUCUCAUUUGGAGGAGCGCAGGCAGUUGAAAGCACAAGCGAUGAAAGAGGAAGAAGAAGCAAAAGCAAAAGCGGAAAAACUAGAGCAAGAAAGAAUACAAGAAACUCAAUUUGGCACGUCUUUGGGAACAGCAGCCGCGGCAGCUGGCGGCAUCGGAGGUAUGGUUGCACCGCUUGCCAAUUACUUGUGGUCGUGGAUGCCUAGUUAUCCCCAGCAAGCUACCAACGUGGACCAAAAUCAAGUUCUAGCCGGCGAAGCAAUCCCUCCCGUGGUCAAAACUAAAUUUGACGAGGCACUGCCAUUGUCAAAUGCAUUAGUAGUAGCAGCAGGAGCUGGAACUCGCGCUGAAGAUGGUGGGACAACGAUCAAGGCCAAGAAGAACCCCCGAUUGAAGAAAUUCGCCAGUGGCUCCAAGACAUUGUUUGCCAAUUGGAACCAACCAGCAAACAAAAUGUUCAAUGGUGAACUUAUGGCCAUGGCCGACGCAUCCAAACUACAAAAGACAAAGCCUACUCGUGACACGCCCACAGCCGUCGAUAUAACUUCUUCCGCAACAACUACAGCACAAACGGAAGCAGCACCAAAUGAAUUCGUCAUUGAAUACGAUUCCGACAAUGACGAAGGCAAAUCCAUGUCGGAAGAACUCUACUAUAACCCACAAACGCGCCAAUUGGAAAUGCAGCCGCCCACAUCGCAAAGCCUGAUGCUUCUAGCGUCCAAGCCCAAGCCCAUGUUGCUAGACGCGCAAGUGCCCAUGGAACUAAUCAGCAACUUCAUCUUGGUGUUGAAACGGGUCCAAAUUAUGAAAUUGAUUUUCGCACCCAUAGACAUUAUCGGCGAGUUUUUUCCGCACUUGCAAACGGUGGUGAUUAUACUCGAGUUGGUGUUGUUUGUUUGGAUCUUGUUUGAGUUGAGCCGGUUGAUUGACGCCUUGUGCAUGAUGGUGAAGGCAUUCUGUGCUCCUAUGAUCGCAGUUGGGAGGUUCAUGAAUAAGAUCAUGUAG